GUUACCUAGGGUAUGAAUUAAUACAGACUUGGAAACUGAAAGAACUUAGAAUCAGCAUUUUGAGAGCAGAAGCAUGGGCAUGCUGUGAUUUUCCAAUAAACUGCUGUCACAAUGUCACAAUGCAGUGCAGACAACAGCAACACAGAGAUCACACAUUAAAACGUAAGCUGUGCUAGAACAAAAAUGCAAUGAAAGAAACACUGGAUGAAUGAAAAGCCCUGCUUUGCAACCCCUCAGCAUGGCAGGCCUGCAGCUCAUGACCCCUGCUUCCUCACCAAUGGGUCCUUUCUUUGGACUGCCAUGGCAACAAGAAGCAAUUCAUGAUAACAUUUAUACGCCAAGAAAAUAUCAGGUUGAACUGCUUGAAGCAGCUCUGGAUCGGAAUACCAUAGUCUGUUUGAACACUGGCUCAGGGAAGACGUUCAUUGCAGUGCUACUCACUAAAGAGCUGUCCUAUCAGAUCAGGGGAGACUUCAGCAGACAUGGAAAAAGGACUGUGUUCUUGGUCAACUCUGCAAACCAGGUUGCUCAGCAAGUGUCGGCUGUCAGGACUCAUUCAGACCUCAAGGUUGGGGAAUACGCACACCUAGAAGUACUUGCAUCUUGGACUAAAGAGAAAUGGAACCAGGAGUUUACUAAGCACCAGGUUCUCAUUAUGACUUGCUAUGUCGCCUUGAUUGUUUUGAAAAAUGGUUACUUGUCACUGUCAGACAUUAACCUUUUGGUGUUUGAUGAAUGUCACCUUGCAAUCCUAGACCACCCAUAUCGAGAAAUUAUGAAGCUCUGUGAAAGUUGUCCGUCAUGCCCUCGUAUUUUGGGACUAACUGCUUCCAUUUUAAAUGGGAAAUGUGAUCCAGAGGAAUUAGAAGAAAAGAUUCAGAAACUGGAGAAAAUUCUUAAGAGUAAUGCUGAGACUGCAACCGACUUGGUGGUCUUAGACAGAUACACUUCUCAGCCAUACGAGAUUGUGGUGGACUGUGGACCAUUUAUGGACAGAAGUGGGCUUUAUGAGAGACUGCUGAUGGAAUUAGAGGAAGCACUUAAUUUUGUCAAUGACUGUAAUAUAUCUGCACAUUCAAAAGAAAGAGAUUCUACUUUAAUUUCUAAACAGAUACUGGCGGACUGUCGAGCGGUGUUGGUAGUUCUGGGGCCCUGGUGUGCAGAUAAAGUAGCUGGAAUGAUGGUGAGAGAACUGCAGAAACACAUCAAACAUGAGCAAGAGGAGCUGCACAGGAAAUUCCUGCUGUUCACAGACACUUUCCUGCGGAAAAUCCAUGCCCUGUGUGAAGAGCACUUCUCACCUGCCUCACUGGACCUGAGAUUUGUAACUCCUAAAGUGAUCAAACUGCUGGAGAUCCUCCGCAAGUACAAACCGUAUGAGCGACAGCAGUUUGAGAGCGUGGAGUGGUACAAUAACAGGAACCAGGAUAACUAUGUGUCUUGGAGUGACUCUGAGGAUGAUGAUGAGGAUGAAGAAAUUGAAGAAAAGGAGAAGCCAGAGACAAAUUUCCCUUCUCCAUUCACCAAUAUUUUAUGUGGAAUUAUUUUUGUGGAAAGAAGAUACACAGCAGUUGUCUUAAACAGAUUGAUAAAGGAAGCUGGCAAACAGGACCCAGAGCUGGCUUACAUCAGCAGCAACUUCAUCACUGGGCACGGCAUCGGGAAGAACCAGCCUCGCAACAAGCAGAUGGAAGCGGAAUUCAGGAAGCAGGAAGAGGUACUUAGGAAAUUUCGAGCACAUGAGACCAACCUGCUAAUUGCAACAAGUAUUGUGGAAGAGGGUGUUGAUAUACCAAAAUGCAACUUGGUGGUCCGUUUUGAUUUACCCACAGAGUAUCGAUCCUAUGUUCAAUCUAAGGGAAGAGCAAGGGCACCCAUCUCCAAUUAUAUCAUGUUAGCAGAUACAGACAAAAUCAAAAGUUUUGAAGAAGACCUUAAAACAUACAAAGCUAUUGAAAAGAUCUUGAGAAACAAAUGCUCCAAGUCAGUUGACACUGGGGAGACUGACAUCGAGCCUGUGGUGGACGACGACGACGUGUUCCCGCCGUAUGUGCUGAGGCCCGAUGACGGGGGUCCACGCGUCACAAUCAACACGGCCAUUGGGCACAUCAAUAGAUACUGCGCUAGAUUACCAAGUGACCCGUUCACUCAUCUAGCUCCUAAAUGCAGAACCCGAGAGUUACCUGAUGGGACAUUCUAUUCAACUCUUUACCUGCCAAUCAACUCACCUCUUCGAGCCUCCAUUGUUGGUCCCCCAAUGAGCUGUAUACGAUUGGCUGAAAGAGUUGUAGCUCUUAUUUGUUGUGAGAAACUGCACAAAAUUGGUGAACUGGAUGACCAUUUGAUGCCAGUUGGGAAAGAAACUGUUAAAUAUGAAGAAGAGCUUGAUUUGCAUGAUGAAGAAGAGACCAGUGUCCCAGGCAGACCAGGUUCUACAAAACGAAGACAGUGCUACCCAAAAGCAAUUCCAGAAUGUCUGAGGGAUAGCUAUCCCAAACCUGAUCAGCCCUGCUACCUGUAUGUGAUAGGAAUGGUUCUAACGACCCCGUUACCUGAUGAACUCAACUUCAGAAGACGGAAGCUCUAUCCCCCUGAGGACACCACAAGAUGCUUUGGGAUACUGACAGCCAAACCCAUACCUCAGAUUCCGCACUUUCCGGUGUACACUCGCUCUGGAGAGGUCACCAUAUCCAUCGAGCUGAAGAAGUCUGGCUUCACGCUGUCUCUCCAGAUGCUCGAGUUGAUUACAAGGCUCCACCAGUAUAUAUUCUCACAUAUUCUUCGCCUUGAAAAGCCUGCACUAGAAUUCAAGCCCACAGACGCUGACUCAGCAUACUGUGUUCUACCUCUGAAUGUUGUGAAUGACUCCAGCACUCUGGACAUUGACUUUAAAUUCAUGGAAGAUAUUGAGAAAUCAGAAGCUCGCAUAGGCAUCCCCAGUACAAAGUACUCAAAAGAAACACCCUUUGUUUUUAAAUUGGAAGAUUACCAGGACGCAGUUAUCAUCCCAAGGUAUAGAAAUUUUGAUCAACCUCAUCGGUUUUAUGUUGCUGAUGUGUACACUGACCUUACCCCACUGAGCAAAUUUCCUUCCCCCGAGUAUGAAACUUUUGCAGAAUAUUAUAAAACCAAGUACAACCUUGACCUGACCAAUCUCAACCAGCCACUGCUGGAUGUGGACCACACAUCCUCGAGACUUAAUCUGUUGACACCUCGCCAUUUGAAUCAGAAAGGGAAAGCCCUUCCUCUAAGCAGUGCUGAAAAGAGGAAAGCCAAAUGGGAAAGUCUGCAGAAUAAACAGAUACUGGUUCCCGAACUCUGUGCUAUCCAUCCGAUCCCAGCCUCGCUGUGGCGGAAAGCCGUCUGUCUCCCCAGCGUUCUGUACCGCCUUCACUGCCUUCUGACGGCCGAGGAGCUCCGAGCCCAGACAGCCAGCGAUGCCGGCGUGGGAGUCAGAUCCCUUCCUGUGGAUUUUAGAUACCCUAACUUAGACUUUGGGUGGAAAAAAUCUAUCGACAGCAAAUCUUUCAUCUCAAUUGCUAACUCCUCUUCAGCUGAAAAUGAUCAUUACUGUAAGCACAGCACAAUUGUCCCUGAACAUGCUGCACAUCAAGGUGCUAGUAGAACCUCCUCUCUAGAGAAUCAUGACCAAAUGUCUGUGACCUGCAGAGCGUUACUCAGUGAGUCACCUGGGAAGCUCCCCAUUGACGUGCCCACAGACCUCACAGCAAUUAACGGUCUUUCUUACAAUAGAAAUCUUGCCAAUGGCAGUUAUGAUUUAGCUAACAGAGACUUUUGCCAAGGAAAUCAGCUGAAUUACUACAAGCAGGAAAUACCUGUACAACCAACUACCUCAUAUCCCAUUCAGAAUUUAUACAAUUGUGAGAACCAGCCCACGCCCAGCGAUGAAUGUACUCUACUGAGUAAUAAAUACCUUGAUGGAAAUGCUAACAAAUCUACCUCAGAUGGCAGUCCCGCGGGGGCCACGGUGCCUGGUCCCACAGAAGCUGUUGCCGUGCGCAAGGACAGGCUGGGCUCUGCGCAGAGCCCCUCUCCUGGCUACUCCUCCAGGACUCUGGGCCCAAACCCUGGACUCAUUCUUCAGGCUUUGACCCUUUCGAAUGCCAGCGAUGGGUUCAACCUGGAGCGGCUCGAGAUGCUGGGGGACUCCUUCCUAAAGCACGCCAUCACCACGUAUCUAUUUUGCACUUACCCUGAUGCGCACGAGGGCCGCCUUUCAUACAUGAGAAGCAAAAAGGUCAGCAACUGCAAUCUGUAUCGGCUUGGGAAGAAGAAGGGGCUGCCCAGCCGCAUGGUGGUGUCCAUAUUCGACCCCCCUGUGAACUGGCUUCCUCCUGGUUAUGUAGUCAAUCAAGACAAAAGCAGCACAGAUAAAUGGGAGAAGGAUGAACUGCUAUGUCUCCCUCCUGCCCCAUUCCCCUCGUUGCAGACAAAGGACUGCAUGUUGGCUAAUGGCAAACUGGAUGAUGACUUUGACGAGGACGAGGAGGAGGGCCUGCUGUGGAGGGCCCCCAAGGAGGACGCCGACGACGAGGACGACUUCCUGGAGUACGACCAGGAGCACAUCCAGUUCAUAGACAACAUGCUGAUGGGAUCGGGAGCUUUUGUGAAGAAAAUCCCUCUCUCUCCCUUUUCAGCCGCCGACUCAGCAUAUGAGUGGAAAAUGCCCAAAAAAGCCUCCUUAGGUAGCAUGCCAUUUUCAGCAGACUUCGAGGACUUUGACUAUAGCUCUUGGGAUGCAAUGUGCUAUCUGGAUCCUAGCAAAGCUGUGGAGGAGGAUGACUUUGUGGUGGGGUUCUGGAACCCAUCAGAGGAAAACUGUGGUAUUGACACAGGGAAACAGUCCAUUUCUUAUGACCUGCACACGGAGCAGUGCAUUGCUGACAAAAGCAUAGCUGACUGCGUGGAAGCCCUGCUGGGCUGCUAUUUAACCAGCUGUGGCGAGAGGGCGGCUCAGCUUUUCCUCUGUUCGCUGGGGCUGAAGGUGCUCCCUGUAAUUAAAAGGACUGAGCGCGAGAAGGCCAUGUGCCCUGCCCGGGAGAAUUGCAGCAGCCAACAAAGGAGCCUUUCAGGGAGCCGGGCGGCGGCCUCGGCCUCGGCCAGCUCCCGCUCCGCCGCGGGGAAGGACGUGGAGUACGGCUGCCUGAAGAUCCCGCCCCGGUGCAUGUUCGACCAUCCGGACGCGGAUAAGACCCUGACGCACCUCAUAUCGGGUUUUGAGAAUUUUGAAGAGAAAAUCAACUACAGAUUCAAGAACAAGGCUUACCUUCUGCAGGCGUUUACCCACGCCUCCUACCACUACAACACUAUUACCGAUUGUUACCAGCGCCUGGAAUUCCUGGGAGACGCGAUCUUGGACUACCUCAUAACCAAGCACCUUUACGAAGACCCGCGGCAGCACUCCCCGGGCGUCCUGACGGACCUGCGCUCCGCCCUGGUCAACAACACCAUCUUCGCGUCCUUGGCCGUGAAGUACGACUACCACAAGUACUUCAAAGCCGUGUCCCCAGAGCUCUUCCAGGUCAUUGACGUCUUUGUGCAGUUCCAGCUCGAGAAGAACGAAAUGCAGGGGAUGGAUUCCGAGCUCAGGCGGUCCGAGGAGGAUGAGGAGAAGGAGGAGGACAUUGAAGUCCCCAAGGCCAUGGGGGAUAUUUUUGAGUCACUUGCUGGUGCCAUUUACAUGGACAGUGGGAUGUCGCUGGAGAUGGUUUGGCAGGUGUACUAUCCUAUGAUGCGGCCACUCAUAGAAAAAUUUUCUGCAAAUGUGCCCCGUUCCCCUGUGCGAGAAUUGCUUGAAAUGGAACCAGAAACCGCCAAGUUUAGCCCGGCGGAGAGGACCUACGAUGGCAAGGUCAGAGUCACCGUGGAGGUGGUGGGGAAGGGGAAGUUCAAAGGCGUGGGUCGCAGCUACAGGAUCGCCAAGUCUGCAGCGGCAAGAAGAGCCCUCCGCAGCCUCAAAGCCAAUCAACCUCAGGUUCCCAGCAGCUGAAGCCCCUUUUUAAAAUUAAAAAACAAAAAAGCAGAAUAAGGUAGAAAAUACUUAGAUUGAAAAGGAUGAUUUAAAGUUGAUACUGAGCGGAAUGAAUAGAAGGCAGAAUUUAAAGUUUGAUAACAGGAUAGAUUACAGAAUAAAACAUUUAACAUAUGUAUAAAAAUUUUGGAACUAAUUGUAGUUUUAGUUUUUUGCGCAAACACAAUCUUGUCUUCUUUCCUCACUUCUGCUUUGUUUAAACCACAAGAGUGCUUUAAUGAUGACAUUUAGCAAGCGUUCAGAACAAUUACUGAUGGUUUGUUUUGUUUUUAGUAUAAUUUCCUCACCUUUGCUUAGUGUUAGGAGCCAGGGAGCUGAAAACUCACACAGUCCCUAGAGUGAUGCUAAGAGUCCUCGUGCCCCCCGGUCUGUGCGGGAUUGCCAGCCUGCACUGGGGAGCCCGAGAGGACGCUGCGAAGCGGGGAAGUGUGCCCGUGUCGCCUCGGUGCCCACGUUCUGCGUGAAGAUGGUGUUCCCAGCGCUAUUGCACUUAAUUGUGAGGGACAGAUGUCAAUGGCAUUGGCUGGCAAGCUGGUGAAUCCAAUGUUAGUUUUCUCGUGCCACGUAUGACAAAGGUUCUUGCCUUAAACGUAAUGUCCUCAUGGAUACUCUUUAAUUUCUGAUCUUUUUUGGAACAAACUGAUCUUACAUUCCCUGCAUUUUAUUGUGCAUUAGAUGUUGAGACUAUGGGAUUCACAGCCCACUAGUGUAGUUGUAACUUAAAACAGGAGAUUUGGAUUUCUGGCACGUGUAUACUAAAGACAUUUAAAAAACCAGAAUCUGUAGACGGAAUUUUUUAAAAAACACCAUAAUAAAAAGGAUCUUUGGCUAACUACCCAGUUUUACUUAAAAAACCUCCUGCAAGGUAGUUCCACUGAUAGAAAUUGUUUGUGGCAAAUAAUUUUGCCCUAUAGGCUGUUUCUCUAACAAAAUUAACCUUAGACAUAUCACACCUUAAAUAUGCUGCAGAUUUUAUAAUUCAUUGGUCACUUAUUUAAAGACAGGCCCAGCACCUUCCCCUUUCGCCUUCUCCCGUGAGUGUCUGCUGCACUGUCCACCAUGCUGCGUGUACUUCACUACCAAAGCUGUGCUAGCUGUGGGAGUUUAAAGUGUGAGAAAACUGCCACGAUUGUGAUACGUCCAUGAUUUAGCUUGUUAAUUUAGCUCAACUAGCUCAUUAUUUCUAUCUUCAGAAAAGAAACAAAAAAAGACAUUUUUAGGCAUUUGCCUAAGUUUCUUUAAUUAGACCUGUAGGCACUCUUCACUUAAAUACCUCAGUUCUUCUUUUCUUCUGCAUGCGUUUCCCCCUGUUUGGUGCUAUGUUUAUGUAUUAUGCUUGAAAUUUUAAUUUUUUUUGCACUGUACCUAUAAUACCUCUUAAUUUACCUUUAUAAAAGCUGUGGGCUGGUCUUGCACUCCCACCAACAUACCAGUAGAGGUUUGCUGCAAUUUGCCCCAUUAAUUAUGCUUGAAGGUUAAGAAAGCUGAGCAGAGGUGUCUAAUGUUCCCAGCACAUCGUUCUGAACUUGAUCUUCUUGCAGUGCUGCAUUUCUGUUUAAAUUGCAGUUGAAUACUGUACCUCCCGCUGUCUGCACCCCUCCCCGAGCAGCGCUCUGCACGUGUCGCCCGAGGUUGCCGCUUCACUGGCUAGGAGGCCUCAGAGAGGGACGCCCGGCUCCCGACCUUACUUGUCCCCAAUCUUACAUUGGGAUGGAUCUAAAUUAUUAAUUGUGUUCCUGAGCAAAUUAAUUUGGGUGGCCUCAUUUUUAAAAUACUGAAUUCUGAUUUGGAACCUUAGAUUUCCGUUUUCGUUUUUUAAAAAUCUUAGCAGAAGGUCUCAUGGCAAGUUAAAACCAAGCAAUUCUUGAAUUACAGAACUGUAACCGCGUCCAUGAGCAAGUAAGGCUGGGUGUGGAUUUGACUUGUGAUGAAGGCAUAUCACAGAUCUCUGAACAACGCGCCGACGACCUGCUGCCAGGCGGAGGGCGGCGUUGUCUAGCGCACUCAUCCCAGGGUCGCGGGCUCUGCCUCCUGGCACCGAUGUCAGAUUGUUCACAGUACAGUUCCCACUGGGAGAAAAUGCCUCAAUAUAUUUUGUAACCUUAAGAAGAGUAUUUUUUGUUAAUACUUUAAAAGUUCAGACUUGGAUAUGAUUAGGUCAUACAUUCUCAGGGGUUCAAAUUUCCUGCUACCAUUCAAAAUGUUUUAUCAACAGCAAACUUGAGCUAUUUCUGUUUUUGUUUGUUUUUUGCUGGAGAAAAUUAGCUGAUUUUAAUUUGUGACUCCCACUUUGAAGCAGUCUCUGACCCCUGGUUGCUCUGUUAUAAAGAAAAACUAUGAGUUAGGCGAGUGAAAUGGUUAUGAACGCUCUGUGCUGCUGAAUCUAAUGCUGUAACGUUUCCCUGUUGAGCUUGUUGAAAUGUUUCGAGUCUGUUAAUUAGGAAAAAGAUCACUCUGCAUUGCCCGCCCGUCCCCCCUCCUCAUUCCACCGUGUGUGCCAUCCCUGCGUCCUGUGAUGGCGACGGGAGGCGGGAUGCAGUGUGAGCCUGUUGGUGCUGCGGGCGCUGGGGAGGCCUGCACGCCUGACCUGAAGCGCAGCUGACUGCACAGGCUCCCCAGGGUUGUGUGGAGGUCAGUUGGCUUGACCCUCAUUGUAAACGUCUUUAACUUCUGUGUGUACCUUCAGCCGUCCUCACUACGCUGCGCUUGUCACCCACCCCCAUGGAGCACAGAGCAGCAUUGCACUUGGUACCAUGCUUACCUCAUUUCAAGGAAAUAUGCUUAACUGAGAGCAAAAAAUGUGGUUUGGCCUCGCUGCUGUUUUGAUUUACCGAAUUUGAAAAAGAUAAUUCUAAUGCCUGCAAUGUGUCAUGUAUCCUUGCACAACUUCAAUGGAUCAUUCUUGUCUGUGGCAUUUUUACUGUUUGUGAAAGUAUGACAAAGAUUUGUUAACUGAACUCUUAAUUAUGUUUAAAAAUGUUUGUUACUUUUUUCUUUUAUAUUAUGUGAUGUGAUUAAAUGUAGAAUGACCUCUAACACUCCUGUAAUUUUUAUCUUUGAACAUACUAAUAUUUUUAUUUUCUUAAUAAUAGCUUGCCCUCAGAGAGAUUCAAAUUCCCCGGCCAAAAUCGCAAGAGAUGUAGGCUCCUUUGGUUCUGGUGGUUCAGUUCAUGCACCGGCGCUCACCCCGAAGUCGGCCCUUCAGUGGGCGCCUGGAGCGGGUGGGGCUGCGGGCAGCAGAGGACUCUGGCCCAGACCCACCGCGUCCAGUCCCGGGCCAGGGGUUUACCUUGGCAUCUCGCUCUGUGAGGGGAUCUCAUUCUCUCUCACAGAAUGUGACCCGCGAGACGGAGACCUUGGUGUUUUUAUUUAAGCGGCGUCUGGAAUGACGUUGAGUCCUUAGCCAGCUUUGUCCUCUGCGGAAGGGCGCACGCUGCGUUUAUCACCUGACGGUUAUUUUAAUUCCAUUUCCAUAGGUGUAUUUUUUCAACCACUGAUUACUUUUCAGGAAUUUAAUUAUCUCCAGAUGAAUUCCUUUAUUUUAUAUUGUACAUGAAACGGUUUUAAGACACAUUGAAGACCGAGCAUAUUAAAAUGAUCUUAAGAGUUGGAGACCCGAGGAGCGAUGUUAGGGAGCUUGCAUUAAGACUGUGUAUUUUCCACCAGCAGUGAAAAUGGUCUCGCGAAACUGACUUGUAAAUAUAUUUUAAUCAUUAACUGCUUCUUUUUCAGUCCGUUUUUAUUUGGACAUCAACCAGACAGUUUAGAUUUUGUAGAUGUGCUCAGAAUUCACUGCGGCAGCCGCUUGGUUACACAGCAAAACUGCGAAGGUGAACAAAAGUGACAUUUCUGGCAUUUCUCUUGUAACUAGAGUGCAGGAAAAGGACUAAAAUCAAGUAAUACUAACGUGUACUCUGAUUGACAGUAAAGUCUUUACCACCACACACUGCAGCUGUUUGUGAGGAACGUGACGUCACUGUUCACACGUCGUCAUCAGCAGAAGGCUGCCGUCUGCACUCAUGGGCCGCAGUUACCUUCCGUCGUGUUUUUUUUUUUGUGUGUAAUAAUUGUAGCCGAGUAAACCUCCAAUAAAGUUAUGGUCUGUUCA